GCACCUCGGAGAGCGGCCGUUAGCAGCGGGGCCGUGCCCGCCGCCCGCCGCCGCCCCGGGCUCGUGCUCCCACUCCCGCCCCGCGCUCGCGCCGCGGCCGUUAGCAGCGGCCGUUAGCAGCGGUCGCCUCAGGGCCGGCGGCUGCCGCAGGAGGGCGGUGGCGGGGCGAAGGGGGGUGAAGAACCGUGGAAGCCGGCUCCUGUGGCGCUGAAUAGCCCAGCCCCGCAGGGCAAACAAACCUUCGGCCGCGGGAAGAGGGAGAGGGAUGGAGCCUGCUCCGGCAGAGGCAGGCUGAAUUUUUUGUGAAUUUUGAUUUUUUUUUUUUUUUGAAUUUCGAUUUUCGCCUUCGCUUCCCGUUUUUAACCCGCUGCUAGAUGGGGGCUUGGGGAGCGAGGCGAGUGGCCGUUGCUCCAUCGCUCCUCCGUCUCUGAGCAUCAACCUUAGCUCUGCUGCUUGAGGAUUUUUUUUUUAAUUAUUAUUAUUAUUAUUUCUGAAGGGACCUGCCCAAGCAGCUUGUACGUCCGACAGAAUGAAGCCUUCGUAUUUUUCAGUCAAUUAUACCUAAUACCGGGUUGGCACUAAAGUGCUGCCUCACUCAGAGGACCGCUACAGACUUUCUCUGCCGCGCUACAUGUAGCCGAACGUGUUACGGCGCAGCCUUUCUCCCCCACGCCCCGCAAAUCUUCCUAACAGAUCUUUCCGAAAUGAAGAAAUUUAAUUUCCGCAAAGUUUUGGAUGGUCUGACCGCCUCCUCGCCCGGUGGAAGCGGUGGCGGUGGCGGUGGAAGCGGGGCUGGCGGCGGCUCCGUGCACCCGGCGGGGACUGCAGGGGCUGCGGGGACUCCCAGAGAUGAGGUCCAGGAGACGCUAACUUCAGAUUAUUUCCAAAUCUGUAAGACGGUUCGCCAUGGUUUUCCUUAUCUACCCACUGCCUUAGCUUUUGACCCAGUUCAGAAAAUUCUGGCAAUUGGAACGAGAACAGGAGCAAUACGAAUAUUGGGCAGGCCUGGUGUUGAUUGCUACUGCCAACAUGAAAGUGGUGCUGCAGUUUUGCAGCUCCAGUUCUUAAUCAAUGAGGGUGCUUUGGUCAGUGCAAGUGCAGAUGAUACACUUCAUUUGUGGAAUCUCAGACAGAAACGACCAGCUAUCCUACAUUCUCUGAAAUUUAACAGAGAACGGAUUACUUACUGCCAUCUACCUUUCCAGAGUAAAUGGCUUUACGUUGGAACAGAGAGGGGAAAUACACACAUUGUUAAUAUUGAGUCCUUCAUUCUUUCUGGAUAUGUCAUCAUGUGGAACAAGGCAAUAGAACUAUCCACAAAGACUCACCCUGGGCCAGUUGUACAUUUAAGUGACAGCCCAAGAGAUGAGGGAAAACUAUUGAUAGGCUAUGAAAAUGGGACUGUAGUACUCUGGGACUUACGAUCUAAAAGAGCUGAUCUGAGAGCUUAUUAUGAUGAGGCUAUUCAUUCUGUUGCUUGGCACCAUGAAGGGAAACAGUUCAUGUGCAGUCACUCAGAUGGAAGCUUGACCCUGUGGAACCUGAAAAGUCCUAACAGACCAUUCCAGACCACAAUCCCACACGGAAAAAUUCAAAGAGAUGGUAAAAAACCCGAAUCCUGUAAACCAAUUCUUAAAGUAGAGUACAAGACCUGUAAAAACAGUGAACCGUUUGUGAUAUUUUCUGGUGGAUUGUCAUAUGAUAAGGCUUGUCGAAGACCAAGUCUAACAAUUAUGCAUGGAAAAGCAAUUACAGUUCUUGAAAUGGAUCACCCUAUAGUUGAUUUUUUAACUCUCUGUGAAACCCCAUAUCCAAAUGAAUUUCAAGAACCCUAUGCUGUAGUUGUGCUUUUGGAAAAAGAUCUCAUUGUUGUUGACCUGACACAAAGCAAUUUUCCAAUCUUUGAAAAUCCAUAUCCUAUUGACAUUCAUGAGUCACCUGUCACCUGCACAGAAUAUUUUGCCGACUGUCCUCCAGAUUUGAUUCCUGUACUCUAUUCUGUAGGAGCAAAACAUAAAAAGCAAGGAUACAGCAAUAAGGAGUGGCCUAUCAGUGGUGGAGCAUGGAACCUUGGAGCUCAGACAUAUCCCGAAAUCAUUAUUACAGGCCAUGCAGAUGGAUCAGUAAAGUUUUGGGAUGCUUCUGCCAUUACUCUACAGAUGUUGUACAAAUUAAAAACAUCAAAGGUCUUUGAAAAACAAAAGUUGGGAGAAGGAAAAGCAACAGCUGAGAUUGUGGAAGAAGACCCUUUUGCUGUUCAGAUGAUGUACUGGUGUCCUGAAAGCCGAAUUUUUUGUGUGGCAGGAGUUUCUGCAUAUGUGGUUGUUUACAGAUUCAGCAAACAUGAAGUAAAUACAGAAAUUGCAUCACUAGAGGUACGACUUCAGUAUGAAGUAGAAGAUAUCAUUACUCCUGAACCAGAAAUAAUUCCCCAGUUUCCAGAUGCCUCUUCCCAGCUUCCUUCUUUAAAGAGCCUUUCAGGCAGUACCAACACUGUAGCAUGUGAAGGAAUGAUGAAGGACAGUAUCCCAUGUCUUAGUGUUAAGACUCGACCUGUGCGAAUGCCUCCUGGAUACCAAGCAAAUCUUGUUAUUCAGUUGGUGUGGGUGGACGGUGAGCCUCCACAACAGAUUACCAGUCUUGCUGUAAACUCUGCUUAUGGACUAGUGGCAUUUGGAAACUGCAAUGGUUUGGCUGUUGUGGACUUUAUGCAGAAGACAGUACUGCUGAGCAUGGGAACCCUUGACCUAUAUGGAUCAAGUGAUCCAUACCAACGUCAACCCCGUUCGCCUCGCAAAAGCAAGCAGUUUGCUGCAGACAACUUUUGCAUGCGUGGCCUGUCUAACUUUUAUCCAGAUUUAACGAAACGGAUCCGUACUUCCUAUCAGAGCCUGACUGAACUCAGUGACAGUCCAGUUUCCCUGGAGCUAGAGCGUUGCAAGUCUCCCACUUCAGUUAAAGGAUCAAGAAAGUUAAGUCUGCCAACAGAUCUUAAGACUGAUCUUGAUCACGUGAAUGGUCACUGUACAAGUCCAACAUCCCAGAGCUGCAGUGCAGGAAAACGACUUUCCAGCGCGGACGUCUCAAAAGCAAACCGCCGAGGGCCUGGGAGGCCCCCCUUUAGAAAGGCGCAGUCUGCAGCCUGCAUGGAGAUUUCCCUCCCAGUCACCACAGAAGUAGGUUACAUUUCCAGACGGGCAAUGCUUCAGCAAUUACAUGGAAUCAGUACAUUCUCACACGACGAGCGUCAUUAUACAGCUCACACAUGGAUGAACAAAGAAAACCGGGAAAACUCCUUCAGCCGUUCCCGAAGCUCCAGCGUGUCGAGCAUCGACAGGGACUCAAAGGAGGCAAUUACAGCUUUGUACUUCAUGGAGUCCUUUGCCCGAAAGAAUGACUCUGCUGUCUCCCCAUGCCUCUGGGUUGGAACGGGCCUUGGUAUGGUCUUAAUCCUCUCCCUUAACCUGCCUGCCAGUGACGACCUACGGCAGUCAGAGCCGGUCAUGGUGUCGCCAAGUGGCACAGUUCUGACACUGAAAGGCGCCGUGCUGACCUUCGCAUGCUUGGACUGCAUGGGGACGUUGACACAUCCACCGUAUGAAGUAUGGAGGGACCCACACAGUGCUGAUGAUGGUGAAAAAACAAGAAAAAGGAAACUUGUCAUGCAUUCCCCUUCCUCCUCCCAGGAUAUGGGUGAUCACCAAUUUGCAGUCAUUUGUUCAGAAAAACAAGCCAAAGUCUUCUCAUUGCCUUCCCAAACAUGUCUUUAUGUCCACAACAUCACCGAAACAUCCUUUUUAUUGCGAGCAGAUGUGGUCACCCUCUGUAACAGCGUCUGUCUGGCGUGCUUUUGUGCCAAUGGGCACAUCAUGACACUGAGCUUACCCAGCCUUCGCCCACUGCUGGACAUCAACUAUUUGCCUGUAACAGACAUGAGGAUAGCGCGGACCUUUUGUUUCACUAAUGAAGGGCAGGCUUUGUACCUCAGCUCUCCCACUGAGAUCCAGCGCCUAACAUACAGCCAGGAGAUGUGUGACAAUCUGCAGGACAUGCUUGGGGAUUUGUUUACUCCUGUGGAAACACCAGAAGCCCAAAACAGAGGCUUUCUCAAAGGACUUUUUGGAGGAAGUGGACAAGCUUUUGACAGAGAGGAACUUUUUGGUGAGGCCACAGCAGGAAAAGCCUCUCGCAGUCUUGCCCAGCACAUACCUGGAUCAGGAGGAAUUGAAGGUGUGAGAGGAGCUGCAGGAGGAGUUAUUGGGGACCUGACUCGUGCACGCAUUGCCCUUGAUGAGCGAGGACAGAAACUGGGGGAGCUGGAUGAAAGGACUGCAAGCAUGAUGGCCAGUGCAGAAGCAUUUUCCAAACAUGCACAUGAGGUGAUGCUGAAAUACAAGGACAAAAAAUGGUACCAGUUUUAAACUUUUAAAGAAUCUGCUUGUGGCUUUAUUAAGAACACUGUUCAGGGAAGCAAUGUUCAUUCCCAAAUCUACCAGUCACGGGUCAGAAACAAUUUUUCUCCUAGAAGAUGUUUUCCUCUUACAAUAUUGGAUUCAUCACAGUGAGAUUCAAGGAGAAAUUUUUUAGGCCAUGAGAUGGAAGCUAGAGUCAUGUGGGUCUUACUCUAACACCUGGCUUAUGCAGUAGCCAAUUUUUUCCAAAAGGAACUCAACCAUCACUGUGGCAUGUAUUUUUCAGAAGCUGUAGGUAUGAACUGUGGGGAGUGUGUCUGGUUAAAAAUAUUCUGUACAAACUCGAAUGUUAAUGCACUUAUAAAACUUUGCAUGACUAAUUGACAUCUUAAAAAAAAAGAAAAGAAAAAAGAAAAAGAAAGCAUGUUGUGACUGAAAAAAAAUGGGAUUCAUUUCUAUUGAGAAAAAAAUACUUAGAUGACAAAAAAAUCUUUAUUUUUUAAAAAUGAGACUACAAAAUGUCAGUACAUUUCAAGCAUGUUUGCUACUGUUCUCAACAUAAAAAUGCGUUGAGCUGUGUUUUCUUAUAUGCUAUUUAUUUCCCUUGAAAAACCUUGCUCGAAAUAAGUGCUGUUUAACUCCUACCAGAAGAAUAAAUAACUUCAAAACCUAUGCCCAAACUUUACCGAUUUUUCAAGUAGCUAGACAGGCACUAUCUGAAAUGUCAUUAAAACAUGAGGGUAGAUGGUUUAUUUGCAAUUCAGAGUACAUGACAUGUCAUCCUUAUCUGUACUUUUAAAAAGGUGCUCUAGAUUUAUCUCACUUGUCCUUGGAGGGGGCUAUGGCAUUUUCAUCCCCAUGGUUUCGGUAUCACUUGGUUGCCUUAUUUCUCUGUAGCAGGAAUAGAAAACAAGCUUAGGAACUCUUGACGUUAGGAAGGCACGAUGGGAAACCACAGUGCUACAAUUUGGAGAGUCCCAUCAGUUUCCACCGACAAAAGCUGCUUAGCAGCUUGCAAAACAGUGAUUUAUUUUUUUUUUCUUAAGUGUUUGGUUGAAAUUAUGCUAAGGAAACUGUAGAUCCCAUCAAGCUAGCAGAGAGAGCUCACAGCAGCAAGAGUAAAAGAUGGGCCAGGGAGGAGCAGGAAAAAACUGUCAACGUAUGGCACUGAAUUGGUACAUAGAGCAAAUGACACCACAGGUGUGUGGCAAUUGAUUUUCUGCUUACACUACUAAAAGUAAUUUGCUUCUGCUUCAAAGUGGCUUGUUUGGUUUCUACAGAGAACUCAGCAGAACACUCCAGCUUGUAGAAGACAACAGUAAGUAAAACCUAUCACCUAUUUACAUGAAUGGAUUCCUAGUCCAUAGGAAUAUGCUGCAGUUACAGCAGCCUACAAGAACCUCACUACCAUACAGGUGAACUGUUAAGUUAGAAAUUUUUCCAACAUUGGCUUGGAAACAAGGCACUGAAGACUUGUUUUCAUGUAUCUGGACAUAGCUUCAAAUUAGAAAGUGAAAGUGAGGAAAAGGAGGAAAAGCAACAUUUAUUUUUUUUUCCUAUAUGAGAAGAGGUACAGAUGAUGUCCCUUCAAGGAGUCCUGACUGGCAUUGAUGCAGACAGACAGCAUCCCCUUGUAACUAGAUCUUAACUUCACCAGUGUUCAGAUGAUCUCUUUCAAAGAUGCCCUUCCCCUAUCUUUUGUUUCCUUAAAAUGGAGCCCAGGAAAUUGCACGGUCUGGAAGUCUAGAGUCUAGCUUCACUAUCAACACAGCUGUGCAAGUUAAAGGGAUGGAACAGAUCUGAGGUGUAAAGUUUUAAAUUCAUAUUUUAGCAUAACAGGCAUUCUAUGCUUUACAGGAUUUUUAUGUUUCUCUGUGGGCAAAAUCCAAGUGAGAACCCUGACUGGUCUAGCUCAACUGGGAAUGAGACACGAGAAGUUCUCCUCUGUCACAGGAAAAACUGGACUAUAGUUGUGAGAACUGUAGAAACUUGCUGGGAAAAAGGUCAAAGCCCAGCAGCGGUUUCCGCUGAGAGUUAAGGAACUGAAAUCGUCCGUGACCCAAGAUGAUGUCUGUGCGUUUGUGUGCGAGGAAACAGCAAACUCACCACUCUGACGCCAGUAUGAACUGGGUCGGAGAACUCCUUCCAGUGGCCAGAUCACAGAACUGGUCACUUGCAUAUGAGGAAGUAUCACUGUAACCAGGCAUCUAGAAUGAUAGGUAAAUGACAACGAUAUUAGAGCCAUUCUAUAUCUUCUGUUUAGAUGUGUAUUCGCUCUGCCUGUGCUCUGGCCUAUAUCCCCAAACCACUAGUCUCUAGGCAACAAAAUCAUUUUGUGCAGCAGACCAUUUAAACCCUCCAACCAACUUUUUAGGCCUUAUUCUUCCUACCUUUUCUUCUUUUACAGAGAAGCUAGGUAGUCUUCAUUACUGUCAAGAUAACCAGAACUGGUUCUCUACCCAGCCCUACACUCAUUUAUGCACUAAGACAGUGCAAAUGAGAAGGCCAUUACCAGUUGAAGUGUGGCAUUUGUAUAUGCAUAGGCUACAGGGCCAGUGCCUGCUAUAAAUUGGUGUAAUGUAGUCAGCCUUUAAUAAAUCAGCCCAGAUGAAUACUAGCGCACUGUGGUCAGGCAGCAGCAGGCAUAUUUAAAUGGCAAGGUAGGCAGCAGUUCUGCAUAAGCUUUCCGUACACUGCACCUUGCGUAGGUGGCGAACGUCGCAAGCCCAUUACCUUGACUUCAGUGGAAGCGUCUCUUCUGGCUGGAGCUGGAGCCUGCUCCUGGUUUGAGAAUCAAGUGUAAAAAAUUAAGAAUGACUUUUAAUUGCUGAUCACCAUAGCAUGCCCAGGGAGAAAAGUGUCUUCAACAAGUCAUUUACAUGAUGUCUGACUUACCUUGGCAGCUGCCAGUCUCUGUCUUAAAAACAGGGGAAAAAAAACGUCCAGUAGACUUCCAUUUUAUACAACAGAAGAAUUAGAAUUUAGCAUCCCUCAAACUUAAAAACAUGAAUAAGAAAUUGUAAAACAACUUUUCUCUAGUACCCCCCCAUUAGGUCACAGCUGUAUCUUGCUUUCCACUCUUACAUAUUUCCAGACAGUUGCAAACUGCUAUUUCUGUUAAGUUUACCACUUGUGACUAUAAUUAUCAAUUUUCUGGUAGUCUGUAGAGAUCUAAAAAGUUGUAUAUGUUUGUAUAUAGAACAUUCUAUAUAUAAAAAUAUAUAUAUGUAAUGUAUAUGUUGUAUAAGUUUGUUAGUGCACACUGUUAAAUGCUUUCUAUCAAGAUUUACCAUGUAUGUGGGGAAAAAAAAAAAACAAAACCUUCACUUAAAACUUCAAUGAGGCAGGAAAAAUUCUUGCCUGACUGAUUUAUUGUGAAAUGAGGGGGAGUGUGGGAUUUUUGAAAGGCCUGACCUGAACACUAUUAAAGGCUAUUAAUGAAAGUACUAAAGUCACAGCAUUCAGAGCAAUGAGCACAGCUUCUGAAUUGCUGUAAGAAAAUUAAGGACACUAGCUGUCACUGUAUGUUGAAAUCAUGUGCUUUCACCUUUUCCACUAAGACAGCACCACCUCAAGCAAAUCCUAAACCUGGAGGUAAUCUUCAACAUCGUGAUCCUCAGUUACAAUAGACCAGAUUGCCUAGAAAUAUUUGUUCAUUUAAAACACGCUUUUUUUUGUUGUUCAUUUGGAUACCCUUUUCACUCACAUUCUUUGCAGUUCUCUGUCACAGCCACAUCCCAAAACCUGAUGCACAGAACUUGCAACAGCACACACAUACAUCUGGGUUUGACCAGAUGUGUUUACACUUACGCAUAGAACUGUAGAUAGACAGAGCAUGCAGAGAAAAUACAUUAAAUUAGAUUAUUUAUAUGUUUUCAGAGUAGGCAAGUCUUCAAUGAAG